CUCCUGCACCUCUGCAGCCGAGAAGGAGAUGGGAGGAGCAGAACAAAGAGAGAAGCAGUACCGAGCCCACCCAGGGUUUGGGGAUCGCCGUGAUGGAGUCACCAGCGCCCGCACGUACUUCUACGCCGACGAGGCCAAGUGUGACCAGCACAUGGAGACCUUCCUCCGCUGCAUCGACGCCUCGGGUGGCAGCUCUGAGAACGGCUUCUCAGCCAUCAAGCUGACAGCACUGGGCAGACCUCAGUUCCUGCUGCAGUUCUCUGAGGUGCUGGUGAAGUGGAGGAGGUUCUUCCACCAGAUGGCUGCGGAGCAGGGCCAGGCCGGGCGGGCAGCACUGGAGAUGAAGCUGGAGGUGGAGAAGCUGCAGGAGGCCCUGGCCAACCUUGGCAUCGCAACCAAGGCGGAGAGCCAGCACUGGUUCACGGGCGAGAACCUGGGCAUGAGCGGCACUGUGGACCUGCUGGACUGGAACAGCCUGAUUGACAGCCGCACCAAGCUCUCCAAGCUGCUGGUUGUCCCCAACAUGAAGACUGGGCAGCUCGAGCCUCUGCUCUCCCGCUUCACCGAGGAGGAGGACCUGCAGAUGAAGCGGAUGCUGCAGCGGAUGGAUGUCCUCGCCAAGGUGAGGGGGGAGCUGGGCACGGGCGCCCCCACAGAAGGGGGAGACGUGUGGCAGGCGGCCCCGUGAGCCCGACUGUGUCUCCCGGGCCGGCUCCUUGAAGGCAGGGGGCAGAGGCUGGUGCUGGUGUGGUGACCUUGUGCCACCUCUUCUGCCCGAUCCCAGGAGGCCUACGACAACCUGACGGUGGACGUGGAGCUGUCACGCAGGGAGGGCUGGCACUUUGGCACCAAGCUGGUCCGUGGUGCCUAAAGCCAUGCUCCUCCCUUCUGCCCCAGCAGGCACUCACCACACAGCCCUGUAUCCUCUUAUAGGUGCCUGGACUAUAUCCUGGAGGAGAUCAAGCACAGCCGGAAAGCCAACGUGAUGGUGGCUUCUCACAACGAGGACACGGUGAAGUUCACCCUGCGCAGGAUGAUGGAGCUUGGGAUCCAUCCCUCGGAGAAGAAGGUGUGCUUUGGGCAGCUGCUAGGCAUGUGUGACCAGAUCACCUUCCCCCUGGGUCAGGCCGGGUUCCCUGUCUACAAGUACGUGCCCUACGGGCCGGUGCAGGAGGUGCUGCCCUACCUGUCUCGGAGGGCCCAGGAGAACAGGGGCUUCCUGCAGAGAGCCAACCGGGAGCGGGACCUGCUCUGGAGGGAGCUCAAGAGGCGGCUCCUGGCUG